ACAGCGGCUAUUUUACAUUCUUGCGUGAGACUAUUUGUAGCGUGGUAUCAUUCUGCACGUGCGACGAUGGAAUCUACAAGGUUGAUUUCAGCAAUGUUUCUCUUUGCGGUAAUCGUAUGCAUCCAACUUGUUUCUGUGAAUCCAGAACCAGUUGAAAAAUGCCUCGAUGGAAGAUAUCACAAGCCAUCUCCUUCACCAGAGGGUCCAGAUUACGCCGACUGUUUCUCGUGGAAGAACAAAUCUUGCUGUACCGCAGAGUUUACUAUCGAACUCAAGAAAAACCGAGUGGAAAAUAUCUGGAAUUUCACGUGGAAUCACUGUGGUAACUUGAGCAAGGAGGUGUACGGAGAUGGUAAAGGCUUGUGCAACAAGAUGUGGGGUUCAUCCUUCAAGCAAGAGGAAUCUUCUAACUGCAUGGUGAUGAGAUUCGACGGUCCAGGGAAUCCUAACGACAAAGUCACGAAACCUGUCCAGUUAGGCAGCACCCUUAUUCCAUCUGUAGUGAUCACCUUGUUGGCAUCAUCUGUCUCAUCCUUCAUCUUUUGAACCAUCAAAGAGAAUAGCAAGUAGUAUUUAGUUAGUUUCAUAUCACAAAACUUAACAAAAAAUCUAGAAUAUCUCAAAAUUCAAAACUGAGAAAGUGGAAAGUAGAUUAUAAAUUUUCUACCUAAAAUAAGAAAGAUUGCCUCAUAAUACUUGUAGUACUCUUUAAAUUGUUUAGUUGUUAUUGGGACAAGCUUUUAAUUUGACUGUGAAAGCUCCUGCACAAGUGAAUGUUAAGUUCGUAAAGCUAUUGUCUCAGUCAAAAACAAGAAAAGCUCAACAAAAUGUAGGCCCCCCUCAGCUAAAGCACAUAAAUAUUCUUCAUUUUCAUAAAAACAUUAUAAUUUCGAGUAACAAAGUAGAAAAUCUUAAUGAUUAAAAACAACAUAUUCUCAA